CAAAGAUUGGGCAAAAAAGGUAGGAUCAAUGAGCAGAGACGGAGCGGGGAAACUCUGCAAGGCCUGUCUGUCUGGAUUCUUCCCAGACUCUCUGAGCAGCAUUCCUUCCUUCUGGGUAUGGGGCAGGACCUUCGCUGGAAUGGGGAUCUUGUGACGUAUAAACAAGUCAAAAAAGCCAAGUUUGACGGUGCCCAAGAGAAAUUCAACACGUACGUGACCCUGAAAGUGCAGAAUGUCAAGAGCACGACCAUCGCCGUGCGGGGCAGCCAGCCCAGCUGGGAGCAGGAUUUCAUGUUUGAGAUUAACCGUCUGGAUUUGGGACUGACGGUGGAGGUGUGGAACAAGGGCCUCAUCUGGGACACAAUGGUGGGCACAGUGUGGAUUCCACUGCGGACCAUCCGCCAGUCCAAUGAGGAGGGCCCCGGAGAGUGGCUGACGCUGGACUCCCAGGUCAUCAUGGCAGACAGCGAGAUCUGCGGCACCAAGGACCCCACUUUCCACCGCAUCCUCCUGGACACGCGCUUUGAGCUGCCUUUAGACAUUCCGGAAGAAGAGGCUCGUUACUGGGCCAAGAAGCUGGAGCAGCUCAAUGCUAUGAGGGACCAGGAUGAAUAUUCGUUCCAAGAUGAGCAAGAAAAGCCUUUGCCUGUCCCCAGCAACCAGUGUUGCAACUGGAAUUAUUUUGGCUGGGGUGAGCAGCACAACGAUGACCCCGACAGUGCAGUGGACGACCGUGACAGUGACUAUCGUAGUGAAACAAGCAACAGCAUGCCGCCGCCCUAUUACACUACGUCGCAACCCAACGCCUCAGUCCACCAGUAUUCGGUCCGCCCACCACCCCUGGGCUCCCGGGAAUCCUACAGUGACUCCAUGCACAGUUACGAGGAGUUCUCUGAGCCGCAGGCCCUCAGCCCCACGGGCAGCAGUCGCUACGCCUCCUCCGGGGAGCUGAGCCAGGGAAGCUCACAGCUGAGUGAGGACUUUGACCCUGACGAGCACAGCCUGCAGGGCUCCGAGAUGGAGGACGAGCGGGACCGGGACUCCUACCACUCCUGCCACAGCUCAGUCAGCUACCACAAAGACUCACCUCGCUGGGACCAGGAUGAGGAGGAGCUGGAUGAGGACCUGGAGGACUUCCUGGAGGAGGAAGAGCUUCCUGAAGAUGAGGAGGAGCUGGAGGAGGAGGAGGAGGUGCCUGAUGAUUUGGGCAGCUAUGCCCAGCGUGAAGAGGUGGCUGUGGCUGAGCCCAAAGACUUCAAGCGCAUCAGCCUCCCACCAGCUGCCCCUGGGAAGGACGACAAGGCCCCAGUGGCACCCACCAAGGCCCCUGACAUGGCCAAGGUAGCCCCCAAGCCAGCCACGCCCGAGGAGGUGCCUGCAGCAGAGGAAAUUCCUGAACCUGAGCCCCCCAAGGCCGAGGAGAGUUUCAGACCAAGAGAGGAUGAGGAAGGCCAGGAGGGGCAGGACUCCAUGUCCAGGGCCAAAGCCAACUGGCUGCGUGCCUUCAACAAGGUGCGCAUGCAGCUGCAGGAGGCCCGGGGAGAAGGAGAGAUGUCCAAAUCUCUGUGGUUCAAAGGCGGCCCAGGGGGCGGUCUCAUCAUCAUCGACAGCAUGCCGGACAUCCGCAAGAGGAAGCCUAUCCCGCUCGUGAGUGACCUGGCCAUGUCCCUGGUCCAGUCCAGGAAAGCGGGCAUCACCUCGGCCUUGGCCUCCAGCACAUUGAACAACGAGGAGCUGAAAAACCACGUUUACAAGAAGACCCUGCAAGCCUUAAUCUAUCCCAUCUCGUGCACGACACCGCACAACUUCGAGGUGUGGACGGCCACCACGCCCACCUACUGCUACGAGUGCGAGGGGCUGCUGUGGGGCAUCGCGAGGCAGGGCAUGCGCUGCACCGAGUGCGGCGUCAAGUGCCACGAGAAGUGCCAGGACCUGCUCAACGCCGACUGCCUGCAGCGGGCCGCGGAGAAGAGCUCCAAGCACGGGGCAGAGGACCGGACGCAGAACAUCAUCAUGGUGCUCAAGGACCGCAUGAAGAUCCGGGAGCGCAACAAACCCGAGAUCUUCGAGCUCAUCCAGGAGAUCUUCGCAGUGACCAAGACCGCGCACACGCAGCAGAUGAAGGCAGUCAAGCAGAGCGUGCUGGACGGCACGUCCAAGUGGUCCGCCAAGAUCAGCAUCACUGUGGUCUGCGCCCAGGGCUUGCAGGCAAAGGACAAGACGGGAUCCAGUGACCCCUACGUCACCGUCCAAGUUGGGAAGACCAAGAAACGGACAAAAACCAUCUAUGGGAACCUCAACCCGGUGUGGGAGGAGAAUUUCCACUUUGAAUGUCACAAUUCCUCCGACCGCAUCAAGGUGCGCGUCUGGGACGAGGAUGAUGACAUCAAAUCCCGUGUGAAACAGAGGUUCAAGAGGGAAUCUGACGAUUUCCUGGGGCAGACGAUCAUUGAGGUGCGGACGCUCAGCGGCGAGAUGGACGUGUGGUACAACCUGGACAAGCGAACUGACAAAUCUGCCGUGUCGGGCGCCAUCCGGCUCCACAUCAGUGUGGAGAUCAAAGGCGAGGAGAAGGUGGCCCCAUAUCACGUCCAGUACACCUGUCUGCAUGAGAACCUCUUCCACUUCGUGACGGAUGUGCAGAACAACGGGGUCGUGAAGAUCCCGGAUGCCAAGGGCGAUGACGCCUGGAAGGUUUACUACGAUGAGACAGCCCAGGAGAUUGUGGACGAGUUUGCCAUGCGCUACGGCGUCGAGUCCAUCUACCAAGCCAUGACCCACUUUGCCUGCCUCUCCUCCAAGUAUAUGUGCCCAGGGGUGCCCGCCGUCAUGAGCACCCUGCUCGCCAACAUCAAUGCCUACUACGCGCACACCACCGCCUCCACCAACGUGUCUGCCUCCGACCGCUUCGCCGCCUCCAACUUCGGGAAAGAGCGCUUUGUGAAACUCUUGGACCAGCUGCAUAACUCUCUGCGGAUUGACCUCUCCAUGUACCGGAAUAACUUCCCAGCCAGCAGCCCGGAGAGACUCCAGGACCUCAAAUCCACUGUGGACCUUCUCACCAGCAUCACCUUCUUUCGGAUGAAGGUACAAGAACUCCAGAGCCCGCCCCGAGCCAGCCAGGUGGUAAAGGACUGUGUGAAAGCCUGCCUUAAUUCUACCUACGAGUACAUCUUCAACAAUUGUCAUGAACUCUACAGCCGGGAGUACCAGACAGACCCGCUAUCCUACACUCCUAGGGCAGGGAAGGACAAAGCAGCCCAUGCCAUCUGUCUUCUGCCUGCCAAAGUUUUAUACUUCCAUGCCUUUGCCAGGUUUCCCCAGGAGCUGAAUGUGGGUAAAAUCAGCGCCGAAGUGAUGUGGAAUCUGUUUGCCCAAGACAUGAAGUAUGCCAUGGAGGAGCAUGACAAACAUCGUCUAUGCAAGAGUGCCGACUACAUGAACCUCCACUUCAAGGUGAAAUGGCUCUACAAUGAGUAUGUGACAGAACUUCCUGCCUUUAAGGACUGUGUGCCUGAGUACCCUGCAUGGUUUGAACCCUUCGUCAUCCAGUGGCUGGACGAGAAUGAGGAGGUGUCCCGGGAUUUCCUGCAUGGCGCCCUGGAGCGAGACAAGAAGGAUGGGUUCCAGCAGACCUCGGAGCAUGCUCUGUUCUCCUGUUCCGUGGUGGAUGUCUUCUCCCAACUCAACCAGAGCUUUGAAAUCAUCAAGAAACUUGAGUGCCCCGACCCCCAGAUUGUGGGGCACUACAUGAGACGCUUUGCCAAGACCAUCAGUAAUGUGCUCCUCCAGUACGCAGACAUCAUCUCCAAGGACUUUGCCUCCUACUGCUCCAAGGAGAAGGAGAAAGUGCCCUGCAUCCUCAUGAACAACACGCAACAGCUACGAGUUCAGCUGGAGAAGAUGUUCGAAGCCAUGGGAGGGAAGGAGUUGGAUGCCGAAGCCAGUGACAUCUUGAAGGAGCUUCAGGUGAAACUCAAUAAUGUCUUGGACGAGCUCAGCCGGGUGUUUGCUACCAGCUUCCAGCCGCACAUUGAAGAGUGUGUCAAACAGAUGGGUGACAUCCUUAGCCAGGUUAAGGGCACAGGCAAUGUGCCAGCCAGUGCCUGCAGUAGCGUGGCCCAGGAUGCUGACAAUGUGUUACAGCCCAUCAUGGACCUGCUGGACAGCAACCUGACCCUCUUUGCCAAAAUCUGUGAGAAGACGGUGCUGAAACGAGUGCUGAAGGAGCUGUGGAAGCUGGUUAUGAACACCAUGGAGAAAACCAUCGUCCUGCCCCCCCUCACCGACCAGACGAUGAUCGGGAACCUCUUGAGAAAACAUGGCAAGGGAUUAGAAAAGGGCAGGGUGAAAUUGACAAGCCACUCAGACGGAACCCAGAUGAUCUUCAAUGCAGCCAAGGAACUGGGCCAGCUGUCCAAACUCAAGGACCACAUGGUACGAGAAGAAGCCAAGAGCUUGACCCCGAAGCAGUGUGCCGUUGUUGAAUUGGCCCUGGACACCAUCAAGCAAUAUUUCCACGCCGGUGGCGUGGGCCUUAAGAAGACCUUCCUGGAGAAGAGCCCGGACCUGCAAUCCUUGCGCUAUGCCCUGUCACUCUACACGCAGGCCACCGACCUGCUCAUCAAGACCUUCGUACAGACGCAAUCGGCCCAGGGCACGGGUGUAGAAGACGCUGUGGGUGAAGUCUCCGUCCAUGUUGAGCUGUUCACUCAUCCAGGAACCGGAGAACACAAGGUCACAGUGAAAGUGGUGGCUGCCAAUGACCUCAAGUGGCAGACUUCUGGCAUCUUCCGGCCGUUCAUCGAGGUCAACAUCAUUGGGCCCCAGCUCAGCGACAAGAAACGCAAGUUUGCGACCAAAUCCAAGAACAACAGCUGGGCUCCCAAGUACAACGAGAGCUUCCAGUUCACGCUGAGCGCAGACGCGAGCCCCGAGUGCUACGAGCUGCAGGUGUGCGUCAAGGACUACUGCUUCGCGCGCGAGGACCGCACGGUGGGGCUGGCCGUGCUGCAGCUGCGGGAGUUGGCCCAGCGCGGGACCGCCGCCUGCUGGCUGUCGCUCGGCCGCCGCAUCCACAUGGACGACACGGGCCUCACGGUGCUGCGCAUCCUCUCGCAGCGCAGCAACGACGAGGUGGCCAAGGAGUUCGUGAAGCUCAAGUCGGACACGCGCUCCGCCGAGGAGGGCGGUGCCGCGCCUGCGCCUUAGCGCCGGGCGCGCAGCCGAGCGGCACUGCGCCUGCGCGGAGGGCGCUGGGCGGGGAGGGGGGGCUUUGCGCCUCAGUGGGACCGCCCCCGGGGCGGGGCUCGGGGGGCUCCGCCCCGAGGGAGGGCUGCGCUUACGUCCCUGAUAUAGCUCUCCCUUUGGGGGAAUUAGGAAUGAAGGAUGCCCCGCCCUCUCAGGAGGCCACGCCCAAGGGUGCGAUGAAGGAAGAAGCCACAUCUCCAACUCGAGGCCACGCCCCCAGCAUUUAGGGGGCAUUUUGAGCUGGGACGGGGGAAACCUCGUCCCUAUGGAGGAGGCCACAUCCCGGGGCUGUGGUACCGGGAGGUACCGUCUCCUGUCCCCUGGAAAAGCCAUAAGGCGGGUCUCAGAACCCUGGGACCCCAGACCAAUUGCCAAGUAUGAAAAUCUCAGCUCACUCAAGGGGGAGCCCUGGGCAAGGGUUAGGGCUCCCCGGAGCGCCCCUGGAGGUGGCCUGGGGGCGGGAUGGACCAGGAUGCUGGUUGGAGGGACCGGGAAUACCGUAGUCCCUUUAGAUGUUUGUGCAAAAAAUAAAUGGGGGGAGGGGGGAGUAUGGGAUUUCAAAAGCACAUGCGCCCUUGGGCGCCCAAACCCUGGGAGCCGAGGGACGGCUCUGAGGCACCCACGCUGCCCCUACUUCCCUUUGGGAGUUAGCCUGUUCUUCUCUCCCAACAAACCCAGUCCUCAUAUCGUAGAGUUCAACACACCCAUUUGACAGAUGGCAAAACUGAGGCUCAAAGAGCUGCUUGAGACUCGGCUGAGGUUCCCAGUGCCAUACCCUCUAUCCCCUCCCUUAGACCUGUGUGCCCCAUGGAAGGGUGGGCUGAGGUCGGGAUGACCUGAUACAGCUCCCUACUGCUGCUAAUUCCCCCUUGGGGGCCUCCUCCAAGGGGUGGGAGGUACAGGCCAAGACCCCUACUUCACCUGUCCUACUCUAGCUGCCAAGCAAAACCCUUGCCCUCAACCCUUUCUCCUGGGACUCCUUAGGGGAUGCCAUGAGGGCUCUUGACCUCCCACCACAAAAGAGAGAAUUUGGGAACUCUGGUCCCAGGUUUCUCCACCCCUUCUUCCUUUCCCAGAAUUCUCCAGACAGGAAAGAACAGGAGACCAGAAACUCUAGGGGUGUGUGUGCAUGAGAGAGAGAGAGAGA